UCAGCGUCAAAUGUAUUAUGACGUCACAUCGCCACGUCGGCCACUUCUGACUCGUUUGAUUUUGUACUGUUUUGUUUUCUUGUUCCUAUUUUCACGUUGAGACAAUUUUGCUUCCGUUGUCAUCAUGCAUCGAGCGUACCAGCCGCUAACACCAGCAAACAACAUCUUCUUGAAAAGACUCUGGGAUGAAAAAUAUUUCAAAACUCACAGAAAAAAAGUCGUUGGAGCCCAACCUAUGAUUGAUAACAAACCCCCAAAGACGUAUAUGCAUUUACAUAUCAAGCUGAAAAAGUUACAGAUGGAAGGGGGGCGAUUAGCCAGUGUAGAGAGAGACAACAGGAUCCUCUUGGAGAGAAUGGCUCACAUCAUGAGAUCUGGGGGUCGUGUUCAUAGCCGCGAAAACAAGGACUACAUGAGGAAAAGUUUGAAUAAGACCAAGCGCCAGAGGGAGCUGUUGCGUAUCACGCAUGAGAACUUGGCCAUCCUGAGACGGCUAACCUCCAAGGAACCGCACUAUAAUCACAACAGGUGGCAUCACGAGUGGAAGAUGAACCAACAGUAUAUGAUGAACAUUUCUAAGUUCCCACACUCUUGGCGGAAUAAAAAUGAGCUAAAUAUAAGGAAGAUGAAACAGGUUGCUGCUAACCGCUGGAUCGUUGACCAGUUCCAAGGCGAAAAUAAAGGACAAGGCAACAGAAAGCCGUUCGAGUACAUACCAUGACGUGUACACAGUAUCAAUGAUAAUUAUGUACACCUGUACGGAAGUAAGAUUGUCUCCAUAAACCGUGUCUCUAAGUAAAAUAAAAUAAAUCCAAAAGCAAAA